AUCACCCAAUCUAAAACACAGUAAUCUACCUAAUCAUUUAACACAUAUUGUGUUACAUAAUGUGGUACAUAAUAUAGAUAUGGACACACUCGAGGCAGUCACGGUCUGUGAGCAGCUACUGGCAAAAAUAAGGGCAAAUGAUACCACCAUAGGAGCAUACACAUAUUGAUAAUACAUAUUGAUAAUAUGUAUUAUAAUAACACGUAUUAUAAUAUAUACAUAUUGAUGAUAAAAUUAUGAUUAAAAUCUGAACACAGCUUUAACAGAGGAUCAUUUGACAAUUUGAUCCAAGUGAGACAGAAAAAACCCUUGAUGUUCUGCUUCAUGUUGAAGUUGUAUGAAGAAAAAAACUUGUAGACACUAAUGUUCACACUGAAAUGAAUGAAAUGAUAAUUGCAAUCAACAAACUGAUGGCUGAGCGUUUCUGUUUACAAUGAGCAGUGGGGAAAUCAGAAAAAAGGACGGUACAGCUGACAGUGUCAAACUAGUAUUUAAACCGAAAUAUUACGGUCGCUGUCCAAGGUCCUGAUCAUGGAACCUGCUCGGUUUCUUUUGCUGUUAUUGUGCAGUCUCUGGGAACAAUCGAAGUGGUGCAGAUACCCUUAUCAUUGUCCUAAAUCAGCACUUGACCGGCCCACUGUCAUCCAGUCACAUGCUUCUGGGAGGGGAGCAGGAUUGCUUUAAAAGGGGCAUCUGGUGCCGGGAAGCAAAGCAUCUACUGAUCCGCACAGGACAAUCUAGACGUCAGCAAAAUGGUCGAGUGGACAGACUUCGAGCGCGCCACCAUCCAGGACAUCUUCGCCAAGAUGGACUAUGAGUCUGUGGGCCCUGCAGCUCUUGCCAGGUGUCUGGUCGUCUACCCCUGGUGCCAGAGGUAUUUCGGCAACUUUGGAAACCUCUACAACGCCGCCGCCAUCAAGGGAAACCCGAUGAUUGCAAAACAUGGAACAACUAUCCUCCACGGUCUGGACCGGGCUGUGAAGAACAUGGACAACAUCAAGGAAACUUAUGCCGAGCUGAGCGUGCUGCACUCCGAGAAACUGCACGUGGACCCUGAUAAUUUCAAGCUGCUGGCUGACUGCCUGACCAUUGUGGUUGCUAGCAAGAUGGGCAAUGACUUCACUGCGCAGGUCCAAGAAGUUUUCCAGAAGUUCCUGGCUGUGGUUGUGAGCUCCCUGGGAAGGCAGUACCACUAAAGAGCUGCAACAGAGGACCAUCACAUGAUGACAGGCUCUUUGUUUUUAUCAUGUCUCAAAGUCAAAUAAAAGA